CUCUCUCUCCCUCCCUCUCUCUCCUCUCCCUCUCUUUUUUUCCUAUGUGCAGGGGUGUCUUACAUCAGCCCAGUGAGUCCUGGAGAAGGCGACUGACGGACAGAGAGUGGGCGAACGAGAGAGAGAAGGGCUCGGAUUGUAACAUCCAGCCGUCUUGACUCUCACUGGAAUAGUCUAAAUCCAUCUGUGAACAAAUGGUCUGAAAGGAUAAGACAUCUCAGAAAUCGGAAGCCUGUCUCUGUGCAUGUGUCUGGGAUGAAGCACCUGUGGGACAUUCACUACCUCCUGCUCGUCCUCCUCCACCUGUUAGGAGCCGUCACAUCACAGGUCAACCCAGGUGUGUGUCGGUAUCCUCUGGGCAUGUCAGGAGGGCAGAUACAGGACGAGGACAUCUCUGCCUCCAGCCAGUGGUCCGAAUCCACCGCCGCUAGAUAUGGCAGGUUGGACUUUGAGGAGGGCGAUGGCGCGUGGUGUCCAGAGAUAACAGUGGAGCCAGACAGCCUGAAGGAGUUUCUCCAGAUCGACCUGCGCUCCCUCCAUUUCAUCACCCUUGUGGGCACCCAGGGUCGUCACGCGGGAGGCAUCGGUAAUGAGUUCGCCCAAAUGUACAAGAUUAAGUACAGCCGGGAUGGAAGCCGCUGGAUCUCGUGGAGAAACAGGCAGGGCAAACAGGUGAUCGAGGGGAACAGGAACGCCUAUGACAUCGUGCUCAAGGACCUCGAGCCGCCUAUCAUCGCUCGCUUCGUGCGCUUCAUGCCCGUCACAGACCACUCCAUGAACGUCUGCAUGAGAGUGGAGCUCUACGGAUGUGAAUGGCUGGAUGGUCUUGUUUCAUACAACGCUCCAGCAGGAGAACAGAUGAACCUGCCUGCUUUUCCUGUUUAUGUCAACGACUCUGUCUAUGAUGGAGCUGUCAUCCACAGCAUGACAGAGGGUUUGGGCCAGCUGACUGAUGGAGUGUGUGGUCUGGAUGAUUUUACACUCAGUCACGUCUACAAUGUGUUGCCCGGGUAUGACUAUGUGGGUUGGAACAAUGAGAGCUUCCCAAGUGGAUAUGUUGAAAUCAUGUUUGAGUUUGACCGCACACGAAACUUUACCACCAUGAAAGUCCACUGCAACAACAUGUUCUCACGGCACAUCAAGGCCUUCCGCCAAGUGGUGUGUUACUUCCGCUCUGAAUCAGACUGGGAGCCCUCGCCGCUCACCUUCAGCCCUGUGGUGGAUGAGAAGAACCCCAGCGCCCGCUUUGUCACAGUCAACCUGGCCAAUCACAUGGCCAGUGCCAUCAAGUGCCAGUUCUACUUUGCUGACGCCUGGAUGUUGUUCAGCGAGAUCACCUUCCAGUCAGAUACAGCCAUGUACAACACGACACUGGCUCCACCCAAGACAGGAGUACUACCACCCCAACCAGAAGAUGACCCCACCCACAAAGUAGAUGACAGCAACACCCGGAUCCUGAUUGGCUGUUUAGUGGCCAUCAUCUUCAUCCUUGUGGCCAUUAUCGUCAUCAUCCUGUGGAGGCAGGUGUGGCAGAAGAUGCUGGAGAAGGCCUCUCGCCGGAUGCUGGAUGAUGAACUAACCGCUAGUUUGUCAAUACAGAGUGAGACGUUCGCCUACAACCACAACCAGUCGAGUACAACCAGCGAGCAGGAGUCUAAUUCCACUUAUGAGCGCAUCUUCCCGCUCGGGCCUGACUAUCAGGAGCCAUCACGCCUCAUAUGCAAGCUGCCAGAGUUUGCUCAGAGCUCAGAGGAGCCUGCUUCUACCAGCACUGCAGCUUCUAAAUCCACCACAUCUACUGUAGCCCAAGAUGGCGUCCCUCACUACGCCGAGGCAGACAUUGUAAACCUGCAAGGCGUGACUGGAAGCAACACGUAUGCCAUCCCUGCAGUGACUAUGGACCUGUUGUCAGGGAAGGAUGUUGUAGUGGAGGAGUUCCCAAGAAAGCUGCUCACGUUCAAAGAGAAGCUGGGAGAGGGCCAGUUUGGAGAGGUGCACCUGUGUGAAGCAGAGGGAAUGCAGGAGUUCAUGAACAAAGAGUUUUUAUUUGACAUCCCCGAGGACCAGCCAGUUUUAGUGGCUGUGAAGAUGCUCCGUUCAGAUGCCAACAAAAAUGCAAGGAAUGACUUCCUGAAAGAGAUAAAGAUCAUGUCACGUUUGAAGGACCCUAACAUCAUUCGCCUGCUAGCUGUGUGCAUCUACAGCGACCCUCUCUGUAUGAUCACAGAGUACAUGGAAAACGGAGAUCUCAACCAGUUCCUGUCCCGCCACGAGCCAGAGGGACAAUUUGCUCUGCUGAGCAAUGCACCUACUGUCAGCUUCAAUAAUCUGUGCUACAUGGCUGCACAGAUAGCAUCGGGGAUGAAGUAUCUUUCCUCUCUGAAUUUUGUCCAUCGAGACUUGGCCACGCGGAACUGCCUGGUGGGCAAAAACUACACGAUAAAGAUAGCUGACUUCGGCAUGAGCAGAAACCUGUACAGCGGUGACUACUACCGCAUCCAGGGCAGAGCGGUACUGCCGAUACGCUGGAUGUCAUGGGAGAGCAUCCUGCUGGGGAAGUUCACCACAGCGAGUGAUGUGUGGGCCUUUGGGGUGACCCUGUGGGAGAUACUAAACUUCUGCAAGGAGCAACCCUACUCUCAGCUCACUGAUGAGCAGGUGAUAGAAAACACAGGGGAGUUUUUCAGGGACCAGAAAAGACAGAUCUACCUGCCUCAGCCUGUGCUGUGUCCAGACUCGCUCUACAAGAUCAUGCUGAGCUGCUGGAGGAGGAACACAAAGGAACGGCCCUCCUUCCAGGAAAUACACAGAGCCCUCCUGGAAUAACAGCAGGGCCGAUGCUUAAGACAGUGAUUCCCAGUCUGCUCAUCUCUGGAAGAAAAAUGGCGCAAAACAAGAGUGCAGACACAAUCCAGGUUUAAGCUAUCUUGUUUCAGUAGGGAAACAAGGUGAGAGCCGCCUGUGGGCUCCAAACUACGAUUUGGGGAAACACUGUUUCAUGGACUUACACACUACAAAGAUGGACUGCCAGGACUUUUGGUGUGUGUCUGUCAGUUUGAGUUUAACUAGCACAAUCAAGAUGUUUUAUAGACAUACAGGUAUUCUUUAAAAAAAAUCGACUCUAUACUAUCGACUUUAUACUACACCAGCCCCGAAACACACACACACACACACACACACACACACACACACACACAGAAACAGGAUCAAGGUUUGGUUGAGGUUGAUGAAGCCAAAGUUAAAUGUAGCAAGUGACAUUCGGCACUUUUAAAAAUGUAUUUCAAUAUUUUAUUACUAUUAUUUUUUUAUAUGAGUUCAAAUUUCCCAUGUUACAAUGUCUAAUAACAAACUCGUGUAUUUUUUUUUGGAAGACUGCUUGAAUGUAGAAAGGUGCAGCAAACCAUUACUGCCACGUUUCACUAUAUUUCAAGUAUUUCAUCUCAGUUUCAUCUCAUUUCGAUUAACAAAGAAAUAUCUUUCUCAUCUCCCUGCAGUUUCCUGACGGUGAUUUGAACAUGAAGUGUAUAUGACUGUGUAUUUUCAAUAGAUAAGUUUAAAUCUCAAAUAGCAAUAUUUUGUAUUAAUAUUUAUAUGUUCAUAUGUGUUCUGUUUUAUGUUUGGUUGAUAUAUUUGUGGAUUAAUAUUCUCUUUAAGUGUUUUUUUUUAUUAUUUGAUUCAGUAACUUUCCUGCUCACAUUUUGAAUCUUUUUUUAUUUUUUUUUAUUUUCUCACUGCAACAUGUUGCAGCAGGAAGCUCUUUGAUAAUUGAUCAGAUGUUGCCAGAUGUUUAUCAGGAAUGCAGGUUGUUUUUUGGUUACGUGCUAUGUUGGUUCACCAGUAUGUUAUUGAGUGUUUUGUGGGUGUCGAACGAGUUAUAUUCGCUUAUACUUUAUCUCAGUUGACGAAGAAAGUUGAAAUCAGGAAUGUAGAAGUAAAUAAUGUGUUUAAUUAGACUGCUUCACAUUAACUCAUAUUCAUGAAAACACAGCUAAUGACUCGUCUGCAGGUUUUAGUCAUCAGCAGUCGUUUCUUUCUUUUUAUUGAUGUAUGCUGGAUUCUUUCUUCUUCUUUUUCUCUGUGUAUAACUCGCUCAUAGCUUGAACUUUAUACUGCAUACCACUGUUUCAGCCUGUUCAGGUGUAUUUACAGGCUCUGUCAUCUUAUCAGAGGCCUUUGUCCCACUUAAAUCGUACAGAAACGGCACUCAUGUCAGCCCUGAUGCACGAUGAACUCAUCCUUAUCUUUCUAUGUUUUGCAAGCGAGGCAAAUAACCCUAUACGAGUGAGUAAAACACUUGGUUUGGAGACAGAUUUGGGUAUUUGUGAAACUUUUUUUAUGCCAUUUAAUGUUGUAAAUGAACCAGAGGCAGAUGUAUAGCUGUAAAAAACAAAAUGUAACGGCA